AACCUAAACCUAACCUAAAUAGUAAAUUUUUAUUUAUAAUCUGAUUGUUGUGGUUUGGUUGGUUAGAUUAGAUUCGCAAAAGGUGGAAAAUUCCUUUUUUAUCACAUUUUACUCUUUGCUAUGAAGAGAAGAAACAUGGCUUUGUAAUUUAUUUAAUUAUUUUAGAUUGGUAAUCAACUUAGGCUAUAAUUUGUAGAGAAAGGAAAGUUAAUUUAUUGAUCAUAGGCCUAUCUAGUUACUUAUGCCUACUAAUAGUUACUCUGGUUAUCCUGUAGUGUUAUUUUAUCCAUCUAAUGCUGUUUGUGAUCAUGGUUUCUUGUGUGGCGAAGUAAUCCGUGACGAUUUAUUUAAAACCAAAAACUUUUUUAUUCAUGAAGUUGUUGAUACAAGCUCAGUUCCUGAAGAUGCAAUUGGGAUUGUUGGGAAUAUUUCACAAAAGAAAACAAAAAAUAAGAAAUCUGAUUGGAUAAGAUUAAAAAGCUUUGAAAAACUCCCUGUGUUAGAAGAAGUUAUUUGUAACAAUGUGAAUGUUGAGCGGGAAAACUGCCAGGUAGUUGUCUAUAAUCAGUGUAAUUUUCUACAGUCAGAGUUGCUGUUGCCAGAUUGUUACAGGCAGAGAGAAAGUGGAGCAGUUGAUGAUCAUUUUAAGCUUUUAAUCAUUUCCUUAAAACAUCGACAAUCUCUACAAAACCGUUCCGGUGGCUUGGCACCUCUCACAAAAAUUAGUUUAGUCACAUUAAUUGGUAUUUUAAAGCAUAUUGAUGAAUUUAUUACUGUUUUAUUUUGGCUAUUAAAGUGUUCUACCUUAGCUUUACACAUAUCUGCCUUUGUUAAAAAUGCAAUAAAAUACCUUGAAUUAAUUCACCAAAGAAAGAGCUUUACAACUCUGGUUAGCGGAAAUUAUAUCCUUGGGAUAGUUGCUGAUUGGUUUGGAGGAUUGCUUCUCAUUUACUGGCUCAUGAGUAUAGUUAAUGUCAAAGACAUAUUGCAAAUUUUGGCUGAUAAUUCCGAGGUUGUUCUCAUCUCUCUGAAGGACAUGGUACGCUACCUAAUGGGUAGUCCUGCAGAUCUCAAGCUAAACGGACCUCUAAACAAUGUACUCGGGAAAUUCUUUCUUUUCCAUGUCGACUUGUGGUGGGCAUUCCUAGGCUACUCAAGGCCAUUGCUUGAGCUGGGGUUACAAGCAUUUGUUUGCCUCGGAUGUCUUGGAUUAUCUUUCCAAAUUGCAAUCCUCGCUGACCUGCUUGCAAUUGCAAGUUUUCAUGUGUACAUCAUCUACGUGUAUGCUGCAAGGCUCUACCGAGCACAGCUAACUGGGUUGGUGUCGCUGUCUCGAGUUUUUCUAGGCCGUAAGCGCAACCCAGUGCCUGGACGGGUUGAUUCUUGUCCUUACACGACUGAGCAGCUACUCAUUGGAACGAUAUCAUUCACGGUUUUACUAUUUCUUCUGCCCACCACUCUGGUGUACUACGUUGUCUUCACAGCUAUCCGCCUGGUGUUGAUUGCUGCAGGAGGUGUCUUGACUGAGGCAAGAUUCAUACUUAGCUGUCUCCCACUCUACUCCACCCUGCUUUGGUUGUUCAACUCACCAGCAACUACGAGAUCAGUAAGACUCAGUCCCAAGAUUGUGAGAGGAAGUGAGUUUGUGCUUGUAGCCAGUCCUACGCAAGACUCGUGGUGGGAGACGGUGAAGGCUUGUAGAUCAGACAUCGUAACUCCUCCCUCCCCUCUACCCUGGGGCAGUCUGCUGUGGCAUCUGGCGACUGGUCGACUUGUGUACCCGGUGUGAUGGGCUCUGUUAUGUGUGUAACAUGAGAAAUAGACACUCACACUAGAAAGCGAAUGAGUAUUUUCACAAACCUCUGUAUAUAUAUAAGAAUAAAUAUUUUAUAAU